CUAGUUAUAUUGGUGGUUCCUGUAGCUCUUAGCAUGAUAGCUGUGUUGGAAUUUUGCUUAUCAGGAACUAUUUGUUGGGAAGUAAGCCCCUCUUUGAAAGGCCUGUAUACCUGAUAAGAGGAUAAUGCAGAUUUUACUGGAAUACUAAUAGUUUGAUAGAGCCACUGAAUCCGAGUACAAUAGAGACUUUCGUAAUCUGGGUUUUAUAUUGAACUUCACUAGGAUUUCCAAUAAAGUUCCCUUCGCUGUCAAAGGUUCUGUGACUAUCUCUUGGUGCAUUUUCAGGCCCUGAUGGCUUGAAGAUUCAGUUAUGGGGUUGGAAAGAAAUGAGUGGAGAUGUGUUUUUGAAUUUGUUAGUUUCAAUAGAUGAUUGGAAGUUUGGGGUUCUGCUAUCAACAAUACCUACAUGAUAGGUAAGUUCAGCUUCCUGGUUGCUGCUUCAAUUGCAGCCUAUGCAGUUAAGCAGCUUAAUAUAAAAACUGAAAGGUCGCCAACCAGUCAUGUAGGGCCUUCAGAAAAUGGCCAAGGAAGCAUUGAUCAACGUCGAGGCAAGGGAAGAGAUGAAGAGCAGUUUAUAUAUUCUGAUGAUAUCCUCAAAGAGAAGGAUGGGGAGGAAGAAGAAGAGGAAGAGGAGGUCAAACUGAUAAGUAGUGUAUUUGAUCGGGCUCAUGGUACUGCAGCUGGCACGGAAGAUGAUGAUAUUUACCCUGAAUUUGAAGAUCUUCUUUCUGGGGAGAUUGAUUACCCAUUACCUGGAGACAGAGUUGACAAGGCCGAGAAAGAUAAGGUAUAUGAAAAUGAGAUGGCAAACAAUGCAAGUGAGCUGGAACGUUUGCGCAACCUAGUAAGGGAACUAGAGGAAAGAGAGGUGAAACUUGAAGGGGAGUUGCUCGAGUACUAUGGUUUGAAGGAGCAAGAAUCGGAUGUUGCAGAAAUACACAGACAGCUUAAGAUCAAGACAGUUGAGAUUGACAUGUUGAACAUCACUAUUAACUCCUUGCAGGCUGAGAGGAAGAAACUUCAAGAGGAGGUUGCACAGGGCGCAUCUGCCAAGAAAGAAUUGGAGGCAGCACGGACCAAGAUAAAGGAACUGCAGAGGCAGAUUCAGCUUGAUGCUAACCAGACAAAGGGCCAAUUAUUGCUCCUCAAACAACAAGUAUCAGGUCUUCAGGCAAAAGAGGAAGAAGCCAUCAAGAAGGACGCAGAGCUUGAGAGGAAGCUGAAGGCUGUGAAAGACUUAGAGGUUGAAGUUGUGGAACUUAGGAGGAAGAACAAAGAGCUUCAGCAUGAAAAGAGAGAGUUGACUGUUAAGCUGGACGCUGCUCAAGCUAAAAUAGUAUCCCUUUCUAAUAUGACAGAGAGUGAAAUGGUUGCCAAGGCAAGAGAUGACGUCAAUAAUCUAAGGCAUGCAAAUGAAGAUUUAUUAAAGCAAGUGGAAGGACUUCAAAUGAACAGAUUUAGUGAAGUUGAGGAACUAGUGUACCUUCGUUGGGUCAAUGCAUGCUUGAGGUAUGAGCUCCGGAACUACCAAGCACCUCCAGGAAGAGUUUCAGCACGUGAUCUCAGCAAAAAUCUGAGCCCCAAGUCCCAAGAGAAGGCUAAACACCUAAUGUUAGAGUAUGCAGGAUCCGAACGGGGACAAGGAGACACAGAUCUCGAUAGCAACUUUUCUCAUCCAUCUUCUCCUGGAAGUGAGGACUUUGACAAUACUUCCAUUGACAGCUCUACUAGCAGAUACAGUAGUCUCAGUAAGAAACCUAGUUUGAUCCAAAAGAUCAAGAAAUGGGGCAAAAGCAAAGAUGAUUCAAGUGCUCUUUCAUCCCCAUCCAGAUCCUUCUCUGCAGAUUCUCCAAGUAGGACAAGCAUGAGCCUUCGCUCAAGGGGUCCAUUGGAGGCCUUGAUGUUGAGGAAUGUUGGUGAUAGUGUAGCCAUCACUACAUUUGGGAAGAGUGAGCAAGAUGUCCCUGACUCUCCUGAAACUCCUUCAACUCUUCCGCAAAUUAGGACACGAGUUGCCUCUGGUGACUCACUAAAUUCGGUUGCUUCAUCGUUCCAAUUAAUGUCUAAGUCGGUUGAAGGAGUUCUUGAUGAAAAAUAUCCUGCCUAUAAGGACAGACAUAAAUUGGCCUUAGAAAGGGAGAAGCAGAUUAAGGAAAGGGCAGAGAAAGCAAGAGCAGCACGGUUUGGUGAAAAUUCAAGUUUUCAGUCUAUAGCAAAGGGGGGAAGAGAGAAAGCAGUAAGUUUGCCUUCACAACUUGCUCAAAUAAAAGAGAAACCGGUUGAUUCUGGUGAUUCAAAUGAUCAAUCUAAUGAAGGUAAGGCUGUGGAUUCUCAAACAAUAAGCAAGAUGAAACUUACUCAAAUCGAAAAGAGGCCUACUAGGGUGCCUCGUCCACCUCCUAAACCAUCUGGAGGCGCUCCAGCUGAUACAAAUAGCACUCCUUCAAGUGGGUUGCCACCUCCACCACCUCCUCCACCAGGUAUCCCUGCACCCCCACCACCACCUGGUGGACCACCUCGUCCACCUCCUCCGCCAGGGAGCUUGCCAAGAGGAGCAGGAAGUGGUGAUAAAGUUCACCGAGCUCCUGAACUGGUUGAAUUUUAUCAGAGCCUGAUGAAACGUGAGGCAAAGAAGGAUACAUCAUCUUUGAUUUCUUCAACAUCUAAUGCAUCUGAAGCUAGGAGCAACAUGAUUGGGGAGAUUGAGAACAGAUCAUCAUUCCUCUUAGCUGUGAAAGCUGAUGUGGAAAGUCAAGGAGAGUUUGUCCAGUCAUUGGCUACAGAAGUUCGAGCAUCUUCUUUCACUAAUAUUGAAGAUCUGCUGGCCUUUGUAAAUUGGCUUGAUGAGGAGUUAUCCUUCCUGGUUGAUGAACGGGCAGUUCUCAAGCACUUUGAUUGGCCUGAAAGUAAAGCUGAUGCAUUGAGAGAGGCAGCUUUUGAAUACCAGGACCUGAUGAAAUUAGAGAAACAGGUCUCUUCUUUUGUUGAUGAUCCCAACCUCCCAUGUGAAGCUGCUUUGAAGAAGAUGUACAAAUUGCUGGAAAAAGUGGAAAAUAGUGUAUAUGCACUUCUACGCACAAGGGACAUGGCUAUUUCACGGUACAGGGAGUUUGGAAUUCCAAUUAACUGGUUGUUAGAUUCAGGAGUUGUUGGGAAGAUCAAGCUCUCAUCUGUGCAACUGGCAAAGAAGUACAUGAAACGUGUAGCAUCAGAACUUGAUGCAAUGAGUGGACCUGAGAAGGAACCAAAUAGAGAAUUUCUGCUUCUACAGGGCGUGCGUUUUGCUUUCCGAGUUCAUCAGUUUGCCGGAGGCUUUGAUGCAGAGAGUAUGAAGACUUUUGAAGAACUGAGGAGCCGUGUACAUGGACAAAUGGUAGAGGAGAAUAGGCCAGAAGGAUCAUAAUUUUUUCCCCUUGUGUUUUCUAUUGUAUAUUUCAUGAACGUUGUAUAGAUUUCCAUAUACUACAAUCAGUUCAGUUUCAACCUUAAAGAAAAGAAGUUACCCGAAACAUUAGGUACAA